CCUGCCUAUUAUUGCCGUCAUAGCCGAAAGAGUUUUUCUUGGGGUGGGGGGAUCCCUUUUUUUUUCAAAGGCCGACUAAUGCAAUGUUUCCGACUCAGGCGACACAUUUCUUCGUGUCGGGCCGCCGCUCAUCCGACGGCGACUUUCCAUCACCCCUCUUUUUAACAAAAACCGUGGAAGCAGCAGCGGUAGUGACAGCGGCAGGGCGAUGGCACUGAGGGAGCCGGAGCGGUGACAUCCGCCGUCUCUUCUUUAUCCGCAGUUUGCCAUUGAUUUCUCAAGGCCCUUAAAACUGCUUCGCGCCUGUGUUGAAAUGAAAUGUAGGCUCAUUCACUUCCUGUUCGUGUCUGGGUGACAGUUUUUCCGUGGGAGCGCUCGAUUUUGCGUCUGCCAGCCUGAGAAUUAAAAAACAAGAAAACAAAAAAGAGAAACGCCUUUUCUCAACUCAAAGCGUCCCAUGGUCACAGCCGAGCUCCGUUCUUUAAAAAAAAAAUCUCAUCGAUUGUUUGUUUCGGUUUGGUUGCGUUUGGUUUCUUCCUCCCUUUUUUCGCCAAAUUCACAUGUAACCGGAGGUAAAUCCUGGAUCACCGGGGUUGUCUUGUGCCCGGCGACAUGGUACGAUAGAGUGUGAGAGGGGAAAGGGAAAACCUAUUUGGGGGGUCCACUCUCAUUUUUUUCUUUCUUUCUUUUAUCUUUCCUUUUUUUAAAACCCAUUUUCUUAAUCCAAGAUGAGGCCGGGUCGGUACCAACAACAGACCGACAUGAAGUGGAUCUAGCCGGCGUCCAGCUUUGUUCACUCAGCCUUGUUUUUUACGCAUCUGUUUUUUGUUUUGAUCACUUUCUGUGUGAUCAGCGCUGCCUUCACGGACCGUGACAAUGAGGAUUGUAUUAGAAAUGCGUUUUUUGUAUCGGCUGGAAGAGGCCUGACAGAUGAGCUGGCACUGACACACAGACUCGCUGGUGGGACUGUUACCCCGAGUAGUGUUUGCUUUUUGUUUUUGUUAAAAGCCCGUGAACACCACACACAACCUCUUGUUUUAUUCUGUUAUUGAGGCGUAACUCAGGGACGAUGUCUUUACGCACAGCACUGCCAGGGAACGAGCGGAACCCGGACCACCAUACCUCCCUGUCGGCCAGCCGCUCAGACAAAGGUACCGGUUGGUCGAGCCGGUCCCUUGGUGCUCGAUGUCGCAACUCCAUCGCCUUGUGUUCAGACGAGCACCCGCACAUUGGAAACUACCGGCUGCUAAAGACCAUUGGCAAGGGCAACUUCGCUAAGGUCAAACUGGCCCGACACAUACUGACUGGCAGAGAGGUUGCAAUAAAGAUCAUCGAUAAAACGCAACUCAACCCAACCAGCCUACAGAAGCUGUUUCGAGAGGUACGCAUCAUGAAAAGCCUCAACCAUCCUAACAUAGUCCAGUUGUUUGAGGUGAUUGAGACAGAAAAGACUCUUUACCUGAUUAUGGAGUACGCCAGUGGAGGUGAAGUGUUCGACUACCUUGUGUCUCAUGGCAGAAUGAAGGAGAAGGAGGCCAGAGCCAAGUUCAGACAGAUUGUCUCAGCAGUCCACUACUGUCAUCAGAAGAACAUUGUCCACAGAGACUUGAAGGCGGAGAACUUGCUGCUGGACGCUGACUCCAAUGUCAAGAUUGCUGACUUUGGCUUCAGUAACGAGUUCACCAUGGGCAGCAAGCUGGACACUUUCUGCGGCUCGCCACCUUAUGCCGCCCCCGAGCUCUUCCAGGGCAAGAAGUACGAUGGGCCAGAGGUGGACAUCUGGAGCCUGGGCGUGAUCCUGUACACGCUGGUCAGCGGCUCACUGCCCUUUGAUGGACAGAACCUCAAGGAGCUGCGGGAGCGCGUUUUGAGGGGAAAAUACCGCGUUCCCUUCUACAUGUCGACGGACUGUGAGGGAAUCCUGCGCCGCUUCCUGGUGCUCAACCCUGCCAAACGCUGCACCCUGGAGCAAAUAAUGACAGACAAGUGGAUGAAUGUUGGCUAUGACGGCAAUGAGCUGAAACCCCAUGUAGAGCCUGUGGAGGACUACAAUGAUACCAGUCGCAUUGAUGUAAUGGUCGGGAUGGGUUUCUCCAGAGAUGAAAUCAAAGAGGCUUUGACCAAUCAGAGGUAUAACGACAUCACGGCUACAUACCUGCUGCUGGGAUGCAAGAAUGAGUCGGAGGGCAGUGAGUCCCGGUCAGGCAGCAGUCUGAGUUUGGCCCGGGUCCGGCCUGGCACUAUCACCAACGGAACCAGCAAACACUCCACUUCAUCUUCCUCAUCCGGCCCCUCCUCGUCUUCCACAGGCCACAAGGCACAGCGCAGCGCCUCGACCUACCACCGCCAGAGACGACACUCCGACUUCUGUGGUCCCUCGGUGCCAGGAUCAACCCAUCCCAAGCGGAGUCCCAGCGGUGUGGGCGAGGGGGCGGGGCUAAAGGAGGAGCGCCUGUCGGUCCGCAAAGCAAGCACCAAUGCAGUUGGCUCCCGCAGCAUCCAACCCCCCUCCAGCCCCUUGGUCAGCUCCGCCCACAACCCCAACAAGGCUGAGAUCCCUGACCGGCGCAAGGAUGUGAACUCUACCACGAAUAACAUCCCUGCCAGUGCCAUGACUCGAAGAAACACAUAUGUGUGUACUGACCGAUCCAGCACAGACAGACACUCGCUGCUGCAAAACGGCAAGGAGAACAGCACCUUGUCCCACCGCCCCUCAACCACCUCCCCCUCCACCCACAGCAUCGCCAGUGCCUCUGGGGUGGCCUCCACCUCCUCGUCCUCCUCAGUUCCCUCAUCCCGCCUCACCAGAGGCACCACAGUGAGGAGCACCUUCCAUGGUGGGCAGAGCAGAGACCGCCGGACAGCCUCCCACAUCCCCCCGGCCUCCCCAACCCUGUCCCAUGACGCCAGCCCUCUGCCACACGCCAGGACCCGGGCCACAACCAACCUGUUCAGCAAGCUCACCUCUAAGCUGACACGCAGGGUCACAGACGAACCUGAGAGAAUCAGCAGAUCUCCGGUCACAAGUCGCCAUCUAUCUGGGCAUCAAAAAGCGGCCGAGCCCCGGACCCCCCGAUGCGGCUGGGAUGUGAGGGUGCGCAGCCCCCGCGACCCGGCCGAGGUGGUGCUAGCUCUGCGCGACGCGGCCCAGGGCUGUGGCUGCCAAGUCCACCUGGCCGGGCCUUUCCUGCUGUCCUGCACCCAUGGCGCAGCCGGUGCCCGCGUGGCCUUCGAGGCCGAGGUGUGCCAGCUGCCCAGCGGGCGGGGCCAGAGCAGCGGCGUGCGAUUCAAGCGCCUGUGGGGGGCACCGUUAGCCUUUAGAGACAUCGCCACCAAAGUGUCCAAAGAGCUGGAGCUCUGAGGGCAGGCAGGAGGCAGGGCGGAUCGGUGGCGGACAGGACGGGCUGAUGAAUGAGAAGGCACGAGGACGAGAAGAAACAGCGAAAGAGGGGGAGGAGGGGGAAGAAAAACCACCGCCUCCUCCUCUCCUGCAUCUCCUCCUCCCUUGCCUCCUCCUCAUCUAAUGCGGCAAGUGAUGCCUCGCCUCCACCAAAGACCCUCUUCUUCUGAUGCCACAAUUCACAGACAAACAAACGGAUGCACAGAUACGGAUAGACUGCCAUCAGCAGACUUAUGAUGACCUUUGACCUUGGAGCUGUCAGUGACCUAUGAACCCUGCUUAGAAUAUGCCACCACUUCCAUUUUAUGUGAAACCCAAUGGAGUCGAACUGUUAUUAUUAUUUUUAUUUUCAUAAUUCCAUAUUUGAUGACGAUAAUGAUGGUGGCGCUGAGAAUGAUGGGAGAUUGAUGACUUGUUGUUUUCGUCAUUGUAAUUCCUAUUGUAUUAUAUUUGUCAUCAUUCCCUUUUGAAGAGCUGCUAUUUAAAGACAUGUUUUAAUUUUCCCAGUGUUUUAGGUUAAGUUUCUUUCUUUUAUGCUUUCAAAAUGCGCCGGUGAUUGACCUUUGUCUUCGUGUGUGUGUGUGUGUGUGUGUGUGUGUGUGUGUGUGUGUGUGUGUGUGUGUGUGUGUGUCGGAUGCAGAUGUAGUCGCAUAUUUAAGAAGUUAAGACAGAGUGUGACCUCCAGCCUCCAGGGGGAGACAUGCAGAAAUGCAGAAAUGCUUGUGUCAGACUGAAUGAGUCACCAUAGCCUUCAUGCCUAUCCAUUGAAGGUCAUUUUACUCUUCAGUUGGACAGCUGAUGUGUGUUUGCACCUUUUCUUUUAUGAAAUUGGCUUUUGUCUGCUCACUGUCAACACCGCUGUCUUUCCAGUGGUUUCACUGGUGGGCAGUUGUGCCAGUUACAGAAAGCAAAGCUGCCUAACAUCCAAGUUCUAAGCUUAUAUUUAUUUUGUGGCGGAGUACUGCUACCCUGAUGCCUCGCAACACUAAAUCAAGCUUAUGGUCAGCUCCUUUAAAGUGCUCUGCUCACUCAAAUGUUACUCUCCUUCACUAUUUUUAUUGCCCAUUAAAAGCCCUCCAGUGAUUUCACGAACAAAUUGAAAAUUCUGUAAAACUCUUAGAGCAAACUAUUGUUUGUUACUAUUUGCACUCAGAUUUUAUCAUCAGGUCUGUAAAGCAGAGUGAGCAGAGUGUAUGGAGCUUUAUUAAAAGAAAUUCACCACUAGUGAUUCUGUCUGUCCUCUGGAUGUCACAUCUGGCUCUGAAAUUAUACAGUUCCCAAUUUUGAGUUGGAGGUCUAAUUUUAAAAGGUCCCAUAUCGUAGGAAUUCAAAAUGUUCCUCAAAAUACAGAGAGGAAAAUAUCUAGUACUGUUAAUUAAACUAUUAUAUGUUAAAGUUGUCUAAUGAGAACAUUGAGCAUUUUAAAUUGUGGUGCCGCUUUUUGAACAGGCAGUUUCAAAUGCAUCACAACUUCGUCUCCACUGUAUAAUUUGGUCCCAGUACUCUUUAUUUGACAUGAUGAACCUAUUUAAUGCAACAAGUUCGGAUAAUCUGUGACCCUCUUUAUGACUACAGCUAAGACUUUUAUUUGUUAGAUUAAUCAAUUAAAAGCAGCUCCAGGUUCUCCAUGUUCAGAUUUGAAGCUCAGUCAGCCAAAUCAUAUUGUCUAGUUUUGUUUGUUCUAGUUGCCAAAUAAUAAUAGAACCACUUCAGUUUUUUUUUUUGUUUUUUUGUUUUUUUUGUUUGUGUGUGUGUGUGUGUGUGUUUUUGUUUUGUUUUAAGUGUUUAAUCUCCUUUCAGAAAAGCAUUUUUUAAACCUUCUGUUAUCAUGCAUUUGGCUGGAGCUCAGCUUGGCUCAGCUCCUCCUGGUUUCCUGGUGAAUGAAGAAGCAGACUUGUAAAGUUGUACAGACGGUUAUGCUGGUAGCACUUUGUCAUCGCACUAUCACUGGCCACAGCACACCAUCUUUUCCUCCUCAAGUGGUGCAGUAUCAUCCACAAAGCCAACAAACAAGACUUGAUUCAAUUUGUUUUGCUAUAUCGCAUCAUUGGAUGUUGUUCUUGUUAUAGUAUUGCUGAACUGCAGUCCAAAAUGUUGAGCAUUUUAUUUUUCUAAACUGCAAAAAAGAAAUAAAAUAGAAUAGAAUAAUCUCAAAAUUUUAAAGCCCAUUGAAAUUAUGUUUACAUUUUCAAAUCUUGUCUUUUUUCCUCCCUCGGGCACUUGUCACAUAAAGGAGAAGAUCUCUACACUUGUUUCUGGCAUCGUUUUCUUUCCAUACAUCCAACUUAUGCACUGAUACUAACCACUUGUGUCCUUUUGAUUGCAACAGUGGUAGUGAGUUGUUUAAUGGAAACUGAGGUACUAAUGUUGUUGUUUUUCUUUUUUUCCCUUUCUGUUACAUAGUAUCAAACAUCUAGGGAUGAAAAAAUACCCAGCUUAAAAUUUAUUGAAACUAUGAACCACUUUUCAAAAAGACUAAAUCAUGUUUCUGUCCAUCAUUACAUUUGUCGUACAUUCCAAAAUUCUUAUUCCCUUGGCAACACACAGACACUCUGCAACCUUUUUGACGAAUCAGGCCACAGCACUGAUCGGAGGUGUGUUACUGUUGACCAAUCAGAACCCACUAUCACUGAGAGACUGUUUACCAGUUGGGGACAGAAUUCAAACAGCAUGUACAGAAUUUAGUAGCAUGCAGAGGGGCAGUGGGCUUGUCAUAUUGGGUUAAUAUAGAGCUAUGAUCUUAGCGAAAUUUGAUCCAUGGGUAUUUCCCUCUAAAUGACACACUAGCCUUAUGAUGAAAAGACUUAUGAUGAAAAGCUCCACACACACACACACAUACAUACUCACAGUUCACCAAGCACUACAUUAUGUACUGUAUUGACAUCAAUAUGUUUGUUCCACACCUGUAUUGUCAAAACUCCAAAGCCAAACAAGUUGUAUUUUUUGAUGUACAUGCAACAUCAUAGAAGAAAAACACUGAUUUUUGGAAUGAAAAAGUGAAAUAGUAGGAUUUGUGAUCUGUAUGGCAGUGAAAAACUGCAAGAACUUAUUUGCUUCAUUCAGUCGCAGCGGGUGGCCACCAAUGUCUUAAAAAUGUGAAAGCUGUGAUUUAGGGCUAAUUUUUUGCAACUUUUUCCUUUUUUUCUUUUUUUGGUCUACAACCGGACCUCUCACUCUCUGAACUUGUCCUAUAGAUACUGUUAGGGCUGUUGCUUUAAGGCUAGACCUCUGUUGUAGUGUAUUUGAAGCAGUUGCUAUUACCAGUGAAACAUACUUAUGGGCUGAAACUACGGAAAUGAUCGACCUGCAAUCCUGCAUGUCUCCAAGGAAAAAUUGUGUGAUGCAAAAAUAAAGACUUUCAGCUUCCUUCA